CGCGCGGGACUCGGCGGGGCUGCGGCGCGGAGCGUCGGCGCCGGGCGCGAUGGGAGCCGGCCGGGGAGCCCCGCGUCUGCUGGGCGCGCUGCUGCCCGCGCUGCUGGCCGGCGCGCACGCCUCCCUCAUCUUCAUCAAGGAGCCUUCCUCCCAGGAUGCGCUGCAGGGGCGCCGGGCGCUGCUCCGCUGCGAGGUGGAGGCGCCGGGCCCCGUGCACGUGUCCUGGCUGCUGGACGGGGCCCCGGUGCGCGACACGGAGCGCCGCUUCGCGCAGGGCAGCAGCCUGAGCUUCACCGCCGUGGACCGCCUGCAGGACUCGGGGACCUUCCAGUGCGUGGCUCGGGAUAACAGCACCGGAGAGGAGGCCCGCAGCGCCAACGCCACCUUCAACAUCAAGUGGAUCGAGGCGGGACCCGUGGUCCUCAAGCACCCAGCCUCGGUCUCUGAGAUCCAGCCCCAGACGCAGGUCAUGCUACGCUGCCACGUGGAUGGCCAUCCUCGGCCCACCUACCAGUGGUUCCGCGACGGGGUGCCCAUCUCGGAUGGGCAGAGCAACCACACGGUCAGCAGCAGGGAGCGGAACCUGACCCUGCGGCCGGCCGGGCCCGAGCACAGCGGCGUCUACGCGUGCUGCGCCCACAACGCCUUCGGCCAGGCCUGCAGCACGGAGAACUUCACCCUGACCGUGGCAGAUGAGAGCUUUGCCAGGGUGGUCCUGGCGCCGCAGGAUGUGGUGGUGGCACGGAACGAGGAGGCCAUGUUCCACUGUCAGUUCUCCGCCCAGCCCGCCCCCAGCCUGCAGUGGGUCUUCGAGGACGAGACUCCCAUCGGGAACCGCAGUCGCCCCCCGCACCUGCGCAGAGCCACCGUGUUCGCCAACGGCUCCCUGCUGCUCACCCAGGUCCGACCGCGCAAUGCCGGCGUCUACCGCUGCGUGGGCCAGGGGCUGAGGGGCCCGCCCGUUGUGCUGGAGGCCACACUGCACCUGGCAGAGAUCGACGACCUUUCCCCCUUCGAGCCUCGGGUCUUCACGGCUGGCAUCGAGGAGCGUGUGGCCUGCUCGCCCCCCCGCGGUCUGCCAGAGCCGCAGGUGUGGUGGGAGCACGCGGGGGCCCGGCUGCCCGCCCACGGCAGAGUCUACCAGCAGGGCCACGAGCUGGUGUUCGCCAGCACCGUCGAGAGCGACACCGGGGUCUACACCUGCCACGCCGCCAACCUGGCUGGCCAGCGGCGACAGGAUGUGAAUGUCACCGUGGCCACUGUGCCCACUUGGCUGAGGAGGCCUCAGGACAGCCAGCUGGAGGAGGGCAAGCCGGGGUACCUGCACUGUCUGACGGAGGCCACCCCCAAGCCCACCGUCGUGUGGUACCGCAACCAGAUGCUUAUCUCCGAGGACUCGCGGUUUGAGGUCUCCAGGAACGGCACGUUGCGCAUCAACAGCGUGGAGGUUUACGACGGCACCUGGUACCGCUGUGUGAGCAGCACCCUGGCUGGCAGCAUCGAGGCCCAGGCACGGGUGCAAGUCCUGGAAAAGCUCAAGUUCACGCCGCCGCCCCGACCGCAGCAGUGCAUGGAGUUCGACAAGGAGGCUACGGUGGCCUGCUCUGCCACCGGCCGUGAGAAGCCCACUAUAAAGUGGGUUCGGGCAGAUGGGAGCAGCCUCCCGGAGUGGGUGACAGACAACGCCGGGACCCUGCACUUCGCCAAGGUGACCCGGGAGGACGCCGGCAACUACACUUGCAUCGCUUCCAACGGACUGCAAGGCCAGAUCCGCGCCCACGUCCAACUCACCGUGGCAGUCUUCAUCACCUUCAAGGUGAAGCCGGAGCGCACGACCGUGUACCAGGGCCACACAGCCCUGCUGCGCUGCGAGGCCCAGGGGGACCCCACGCCCCUCAUCCAGUGGAAGGGCAAGGACCGCAUCCUGGACCCCACCAAGCUGGGACCCAGGAUGCACAUCUUCCAGAACGGCUCCCUGGUGAUCCAUGACGUGGCCCCAGAGGACACCGGCCCCUACACGUGCAUCGCAGGCAACAGCUGCAACAUCGAACACACGGAGGCGUCCCUCUACGUCGUGGACAAGCCCCUGCGGGAGGAGUCGGAGGGCUCGGGCAGCCCGCCCCCCUACAAGAUGAUCCAGACCAUCGGGCUGUCGGUGGGCGCGGCCGUGGCCUACAUCAUCGCGGUGCUGGGCCUCAUGUUCUACUGCAAGAAGCGCUGCAGGGCCAAGCGGCUGCAGAAGCAGCCCGAGGGGGAGGAGCCUGAGAUGGAGUGCCUCAACGGCGGGCCUUUGCAGAACGGGCAGCCCUCGGCAGAGAUCCAAGAGGAAGUGGCCCUGACCAGCCUGGGCUCCAGCUCGGCGGCCACCAACAAGCGUCACAGCACGAGCGACAAGCUGCACUUCCCACGGUCCAGCCUGCAGCCCAUCACCACGCUGGGGAAGAGCGAGUUCGGGGAGGUGUUCCUGGCCAAGGCGCAGGGCCUGGAGGAGGGCGUGGCCGAGACGCUGGUGCUGGUGAAGAGCCUGCAGAGCCGCGACGAGCAGCAGCAGCUGGACUUCCGCCGCGAGCUGGAGAUGUUCGGGAAGCUCAACCACGCCAACGUGGCGCGGCUGCUGGCGCUGUGCCGCGAGGCCGAGCCGCACUACAUGGUGCUGGAGUACGUGGACCUGGGCGACCUUAAACAGUUCCUGAGGAUUUCCAAGAGCAAGGACGAAAAGUUGAAGUCCCAGCCGCUGAGCACCAAGCAGAAGGUGGCGCUGUGCACCCAGGUGGCCCUGGGCAUGGAGCACCUGUCCAACAGCCGCUUUGUGCACAAGGACCUGGCCGCACGCAACUGCCUGGUCAGCGCGCAGAGGCAGGUGAAGGUGUCCGCCCUGGGGCUCAGCAAGGACGUGUACAACAGCGAGUACUACCAUUUCCGUCAGGCCUGGGUGCCCCUGCGCUGGAUGGCCCCCGAGGCUAUCCUGGAAGGUGACUUCUCCACCAAGUCCGACGUCUGGGCCUUCGGGGUGCUGAUGUGGGAAGUGUUUACCCACGGAGAGAUGCCCCAUGGAGGGCAGGCGGAUGAUGAAGUGUUGGCAGACCUGCAGGCCGGGAAGGCCCGGCUGCCGCAGCCCGAAGGCUGCCCAUCCAAGCUCUACCGGCUGAUGCAGCGCUGCUGGGCCCUGAGCCCCAAGGACCGGCCCUCCUUCAGCGAGAUCGCCAACGCCCUGGGUGACAGCCCCACGGACAGCAAGCCGUGAGGG